AUGACGAACGAAUCUCAAAGAACAGUACAGCCGCCUACCACAAAACAUGAUCAAGGAUGGAGAAGAGUGGUUCGCAAUUUCACCCCAUCAUGGUUCUCUGUGACAAUGGGGACGGGAAUCGUUUCAAUACUGCUUCACAAUAUCCCAUAUAAUGGUGCAUGGAUUUAUUGGAUCUCUUCAGGCAUUUUUGCGCUAAAUGUGCUCCUCUUCGGACUGGGAUGUGUAAUCAGCAUCCUUCGGUAUACCUUAUAUCCAGAGAUUUUUAAGGUGAUGAUCACGCAUCCAGUGCAGUCCAUGUUUAUUGGAACAUUUCCCAUGAGCCUUGCCACGAUCAUCAACAUGACCGUUUCUGUAUGUGUUCCAGUAUGGGGAGAAUGGGUCAAAUAUCUCGCUUGGGGACUCUGGAUCUUCGACGCAGUGGUCUCUGUGGUGACUGCUUUGUCAUUAGCCUUCAUUUUAAUGACGCAUGGAAAUGAGAUUCACCUGUCUUCAAUGACAGCCGUCUGGCUCCUCCUUAUCGUGAGUUGUAUUGUGGCUGCCUCCUCGGGUGCCAUUGUCGCCGAGGUCCUUCCAAACAAAAAAUAUGCCCUCUGGACUCUUCUUGUAAGUUAUGUGCUGUGGGGAAUUGGGGUUCCUCUUGCGUUGAUGGUUAUGGCUAUAUACUUUCAACGCUUGACGCUGCAUAAACUUCCACCAAAAGCCGUUAUUGUGAGCGUCUUCUUGCCCCUGGGACCACUAGGACAGGGUGGCUAUGGAAUUAUGAAGCUGGGCCAAUGCGUUCAAGAUAUCUUUGCCAAGACUCAGACUCUGGAAACAACCUCGGGGCCCAUCUUGUACACCUUGGGCUUUCUGGUUGCCUUUGUGAUGUGGUCUUUUGGGCUAGUUUGGCUGUUCUUUGCUUUAGCAUCUAUUACUAAAAGUCAGAAAUUCUCUUUCAAUAUCGGGUGGUGGGGAUUCACUUUCCCAUUGGGGGUGUACGCUGCUAGUACAAUUCAGAUAGGCACUGAACUGCCCUCGAGUUUCUUCCAGGUGCUAGGGAUGAUCCUAGCGUUUUUCGUUGUUCUUCUAUGGAUUAUUGUUAGUAUUGGGACAUUGCGCAGAGUGAUUUCGGGGAAGUUAUUUUUUGCCCCGUGUUUAGCCGAUAUUCGUGUUUUAGAAGAGGAUAAAGAGGCGGGAAAGGCGGCAUAA